AUGGCGACGUCUAGCGUCUUGUGUUGGUUAUAAAGAAGAUAAUGUUUUUCGGAGCCGUAUUCCGAUCAUACAAAAGAGAAGGUCCAAUUUUAUAAAACGUACAAUCGUUAUUUAACUGUGAAAGUACUCGAAAGAAGUCGCGAUAAUGGACCAAGCACCCGCAGAUACAGAAUUACGGAACAUCAUUGACAAACUGGCACAGUUUGUUGCCCGCAAUGGACCCGAGUUCGAGCAGAUGACCAAAAAUAAGCAGAAGGACAACCCUAAGUUUGGUUUCCUGUUUGGCGGGGAGCACUUCAACUACUAUCAGUACAAAGUGACUACAGAGCAAGCCAUUUUAAAGCAAAAAGGAAUAAAUCCAAUGCAAAAUGCAGACCCACGUUUAAACGUUUCGCAGCAGCAGCAAACAGCCGCUACCGCCACGCAGCCACUGAAUAACGUCAAUCUAACGUCUGGCCUAAAUACUCAGAACAAUGGAUUAAAUCCAGUGGUUGGAAUAGGGCCCGUGGGAAAUUCGGCUGGUACGGUGAUACCAGGAGUACCUGGACAAAUUGGAGGACCAACAAAUACUGGACCACCAAUUGGAUCGGUACCAUCUGGCAUGGGAGGUGUAAACCCACCUAUGGGUGGAGUGACACCAGCUGUUAACAUCGGUGGCCCACCAGCAUGGCUUCAAACAGAACUGGCCAAUCUUCAGUCGCAACAGACGACUCUGCAGGAACAAGUUAGACAAUCGGAACAAAAUCUUGCUGCCCAACAUGCUGCAUUGAUGGCGCAACAACAAGGCAGAGUAGAGGAUGCUGUCAGACAAGCUCAGGAAACGGCUCUGCAAAAUAGUGCACAAAGCACAAAUACAGAUCUUACCGCAUUUGAUACAGUUCUGCAACCUAUUAUUGAUAGCUGCACGAAAGAUAGCAUAAGCGCGGGAAAAGCUUGGAUCCUUCAAAAUUCUGUAACACCACAAAGCAAUCAAGUAGUUGCCGACCAUUUAUUGAAAAAAGUUAUCCAAGGAUCUACGUUUAGUCAUAAGCUUCAUAUUAUAUAUUUGGUAAACGAUGUCUUACAUCAUUGUGCUAGAAAAAAAUCUAUGGAUCUUCGGAAGGCAAUGGAAAGUGUUGUUGUUCCCAUGUUCUGUAAUACUUCAUUAGCUGCAUCCGAAGAGCAACUUAACAAGCUUAAUAAAUUGUUAAGCCUUUGGGAAUCGAAGAAUAAUUACUUUGACGAAGGGAUUAUAGAUAAAUUAAAACAACCGAGCGCAUCUUGGUCCGAAUAUCAAGCUAAUUUGGUAUCGCAACAUGCAAGUGCUAUUACUCCGAUCACAACUUCUACGAAGCAAACAUUCGAUAAUUAUCAAGCGCAACAUCAAGCAUUUGUUACGCACGCUUUGAGACAAAUUCAAAAUAUUGAACAGCAAAAAAUAGCGAUCGAUCAGCAACUUAAAGCACCGCCCCCGCCGCCUCCGCAAAUGAAUCAACAGAACAUGUCAUUACCCCCCAAUCAUACUGGCCCAAGCGGACCGAUGGGUAGCGACGUUAAUUUUAGUCAACCUCCGCCUGGUUGGGGUGUAGCGCCAGGAAACGAACCACCACCGUUCGCGAACGUUCCUUUACCGGAUUUUUCUAAGCCUCCACCAGGAUUUGGCCCACCUCCUGUCAUUCACGAACCGUCUGUCGAGGAUUUGAUGCCUAGCAUGCCUUACUUUGAGUUGCCUGCAGGUUUAAUGGUUCCGCUCAUUAAACUGGAAGACGGAGAAUAUAAACCUUUGGAUCCCGACGCAAUCAGACUUCCACCGCCCGCACCACCCAGUGAUCGAUUAGUUGCAGCCGUAGAAGCAUUUUACGCACCUCCAAAUCACGAUUCACCGAGAGACAGCGAUGGAUGGGAGAAACUUGGUCUCUACGAAUAUUAUAAGGCAAAAAAUUCUGCCCGUAAACGCAAAGAGGAAGACAUUGUGGCUGGCAUUAGACAAAAAUCGAAGUCUCCGUCGCCUAUUUUAAGGCCAAGAUCGAAAAGUCCUAGCCCACCAAAGAAACGUUACAGAAGCAAAUCUCGUAGUAGAUCGAGAUCUAGAUCGAGGGGUAGGAGUAGAUCGCGAUCACCAACGGCGAAUCAUAGACGUAAUAGCCGUAACAGUAAUCAUAAUACCAGGAGUCGUAGAAGAAGGAACAGUAACAAAGAUCGAAGUCCAGAGAGGAGAUUAGACAGACAAGAUCGCAGUCCAACUCCUCCGAGUUUUCUCGGAUCGACGUAUAGUAAAGCCCCGCAAGAAAUAAGUCUCGACGAAAGUAAUAAGGGACACCAGUUGUUAAAAAAAAUGGGCUGGGGUGGUGCAGGACUAGGUGCCAACGAGCAAGGUAUCGAGGCUCCUAUAUCGGGUGGUGAAAUUCGAGAUAAAAACGACCAAUACAAGGGAGUCGGCAUCAAUUUGAACGAUCCGUAUGAAAAUUUUCGGAAGAGUAAGGGACAGGCGUUUAUUACUCGAAUGAAAGCAAGAGCGGAAGAGCGUGCCGAAGAAAGGGGUGAACGGGACUGAGUAUAUAUAUUAUUAAACGAAUGUAUAUGUACGAAGUGUUAUCGGGACAAAGUGAGAGAUGGGCUUAUUACCGAGGAUGAGAGAAAAUUUAUUCUGGCUUUGAAAGCAGAUCGACACAAUUUCUGCCAUUUUUUCGCCUAUGAGGGCUGCAUUUCAAUAUACUUGUCCAUAUAUUAGAUCCUAUUGGUGCACUUGCAACUACUAAUUUACUUUUACGCGUAUCUUUACGAGAUAUUGGCAUUAAUAAACGACAUAUUUUACGUUACAAUAUAUUCAAGCUGAAUCGGAGGAUUUUAUGAUUUAGUUACGAAUGAUAGCUGAAUGUUUUAGAUUAAUUUUAGGAAUUUUAAUUCACGAUAAAUCUAUAUAUAUAUGGAUAUAUAUAUAUAUAUAUAUAUAUAUAUAUAUAUAUAUAUUUACAUAAAUAUACAUUUGUAUUAAAAUUGUGUCGAUCUUUUUCGUAGACUAAAUCAUUUCUAUCCGUCUAUCUGCCGGCUGUUACGAAAUAAUUUCUUAUAUCUAUGAGGCAAAUGAUUUAUAAUUAUUCAUAAAUUUAUAAGGAAAUGAAAAAAAAGCUGGCAAUAUAUAUGUGUGCGUAUUGUCUUUUCUUUAUUUCAAAAUUUAAGGGAAUUUGUUAAUAUAUUGUUAUAUUAUCAUUGUACAUUUCUUUGAUAAGAAAUUCAAAUAAUUCAUUCAUUAGCCUAAUGUCGGGCGUAAAAAGAAUUAAUGUUUAAAUGUGAACAUUUAAAUGAAAGAGAUCCUUGGAAAGUCACGUAGUAAAAGGUUUUUAUAGCAACAUUCUGAAUGUAUACGUUAAAACCCUACUUUACAGUUUGCCCCGCCUAAAAGUUAAUUAUCUUGAGAAUUACUCGAGAAAAUUGCGCUCUUAAUGAGUGUGUAUGAGAGAGUACAACCGUCGUGCAGCAAGUACACGAGACGAUUCUGCAUGAAACUUGACGCUAAGUAUAUAUACUUGUAUUUAGUAAGUUAAUAAAUAAUAAUUAUAUUAAAUAUACAUAUAUAUAUAUAUAUAUAUAUAUAUAUAUAUAUAUAUGUAUACACACACACACACACACAGACACACACGAGAUUUCAAGAGUGAAUAUCGCAUGAUCGAUAACCUUUAGUACUUUGCAUAAAACUUUUAUUUCAUUCAUCAUUCAAUAUUAACAGAAAAUCAAAGAGAUUAAGUUUUACAUAAUUGUUUAAAUCGCAUCGCAUCGUUAUACCACGAUUUAAUUCUUCUAUCAUCAACUGGACAUCGUUGGAAAUUUAUGUGCGCAGCAAACAAUCAUGAAUAUCAUAAACUAAUUAUAUAUUAAUCUUUAAUUUUUACUAAAUACACAAUUACAACUAAGUGUAUAAACUGUUCGUUUUUUUAUGAAAUUUAAAUAUAUUGCACAGAGCACGUUUAGUACUUUUUUAAUUAAUCCUCAUCAUAAGUUUUUUUUAUUUUUAUUUAUAAUCUAUACAUGAAAAAUCGAUAAAAGAUUCAACGAUUAUAAUAUUGUUUUGCAUCAUUCUGAAUCUCGUCUAAUUAUGAAACAUGAUGUGAGUGAAUUAAUGUGAAGCAAUGAUUAUAUAUAGACGGGCAUUAUAAAGAAUUUAUGUAAUAGAUAAAAUUAAACACAAA